UUUGGCCAGCAAAGUAGAAAAACACAAUAAAUGGAGACCCGAAACCCAUUUCGAAUAACCGCUGUUUCUCCGGGCACCUGCGUUCGAACAUUCUCCGGCGAACUUGAGUUAUUGUGGUAUAGAGUGCUCUAUUUUGAUUGGCAUAUUUCCAGGAUACAGUGCUAUAAUUCUUUUAUUCGUGAUUUUCUGGAUGGUGUUCCUUCAUGGCAUGCCCCUUGAGAAAAGCUAUCGCAGUUUGCUCCAUCUUCAGGAAAAGCUACUCUUCCAUUGUUGAUGUGGCUUCAAAGGCCAGUAGAGGGACCUGCAACAGAAGGUGUACUGUCUUCCCGAGAACAGAGUCCUCGAUUUCAUAUGAAAACGCUAAACCUGGAAGUGAGCUGUUUCCUCGACAGUUCUGUUCAAGUAGAGAGCCAGAGACGUUAUCUUGGGGUGUGUCAUCUAACAUUGUUUUGCUGGGAAAGCUUGAAAGCGCAUUGAAGAAUCACAACUUGGAGGAGGCUUGGGAAACCUACAAGGAUUUCAAACGUCUUUAUGGUUUUCCUGACCCCUCUCUUGUAGGUAGGCUGCUCACUGAGUUGUCGUACUCAUCUGAUUCUAGGUGGCUCCGAAAGGCAUACAAUAUGGUAGAUUCUAUUCUGAAAGAGAAAAGGGAGUUACUACGUUCAGAGUUAAUGACCAAGCUCUGCCUAUCGUUGGCUAGAGCUCAAAUGCCCGUUCAAGCAUCAUCAAUUCUCAGGCUGAUGUUGGAUAAAAGAAUUCUCCCACCAAUUGACAUGCUAGGGAUGAUAAUAUUUCACAUGGUGAAGACUGAGAGUGGAAUGAUUCUGUCAUCGAAUAUUUUGAUCGAGAUUUAUGGUAGCUCUCAACAAUUAACCACAAAGAAGUCAGCUUACGCCAAGAUUAAUAAGCAUGAUACACUUGUUUUUAAUCUUGUUCUUGAUGCUUGUGCAAGAUUUAGAUCAUCCAUUAAAGGCCAUCAGAUUAUUGAGUUAAUGGCUCAAGUUGGAGUGGCAGCCGAUGCUCAUACUAUUUCAAUUAUUUGUUUGAUUCAAGAGAUGAAUGGUAUGCGAGAUGAAUUGAAGAAAUUUAAGGAGCAUAUAGAUCAGGUUUCAACAACAUUGGUCCCCCACUAUCGGCAAUUCUAUGAAAGUCUUCUGAGUUUGCAUUUCAAGUUUAAUGAUAUAAAUGCUGCUUCUGAUCUUGUACUGGAUAUUUAUAAACUUCAAGAGUCUCAUAACAUGCAUGGAGAUGAGACACCACCACCUAAACCGUGCCUUGUCUCUAUCGGCUCUGAUCAUCUAAGGAUGGGAUUGAAACUACGAAUUUUUCCUCAUUCAUUAUCAAGGGAGUCUGUUUUCAAUGUGGGACAUAAUCAGGUGCUGGUUAUGUAUAAGAAUGGGAAACUUGUCCUUAGCAACAAAGCGUUGGCCCGGCUUAUUGUAUGGUACAAGAGGGGUGGGAGAAUUAAUGAGCUGUCAAAGCUUCUCUGCAAUAUCCAGAGGAAAGGCUCAUUUGAAUCCAGCAGAAUGUGCUCUGAUGUGGUUGCUGCUUGCAUUUGCAUGGAGUGGCUUGAAACUGCUCAUGAUAUUUUGGAUGAUUUGGAUUCUGAAGGAAGUCAGCUAGGCACUAGUUCAUACAUGUCUCUGUUGACUGCAUAUCGCAAUAAAAAUAAGCUAAGGGAGGCAGAGGCACUACUAAAGCAAUUAAGAAAAUCAGGUGUUGUCAUAAAUGCAUCUGAUCCGUUGUUAACUCCUGCAUUGUGUCAACUGGAAGAUAAAAGCAUCGCUAAGUUGAAAGAAUUAGGCUCUAUGGCAAAAGGGGAGUUGGCUUACCAUAUUGUUGAAGAAAUGAGGGGAGAAGAAAACGAGGCUUCUUUUAUGAUGCACGAAUUAAAUUCUUCUAUCUACUUCUUUAUGAAGGCUCACAUGGUCGAAGAUGCCAUAAGGGCAUACCGAAAAAUGCAGGCAAUGAAGAUCCAUCCUACAGAGUCAACUUUCAUGAAUCUACUUAAUGGGUAUUCUUCUUUAGGGAUGUAUCGUGAAAUUACAAUCUUAUGGGGAGAUAUUAAAAGGAACAUGGAAAGUCGUAAUAAGCUGAAUACCAGGGAUUUACACGAGUUCUUGUUGUUGAAUUUUCUUCGAGGUGGUUAUUUUCAUAGGGUGAUGGAGGUUAUUGAUUUUAUGAAGGAGAAUGGUAUGUAUUUGGACAAGUGGAUGUAUAGACGUGAGUUCUUGAAGUAUCACAAGGGUCUUUACCGAAGGAUGAAAGUAUCUGAUGCUACAAAUGACGUACAAAUUCAGAGGAUUGAGCAUGUGAGGCAAUUUAGGAAACGGGUUGGCUUGGAUUAAAUUGCUUUAGGUAUCAAAUAAUAUUCUUCUUGCAUGUUGGGGAACAAAAAAGAGCCGAGAAAAUAUUGAGUUAUCCUUUGCCAAAAUUUGGCAGGCUUCUCUCCAUUUCGUCUACCUGAGAAGUGAUGUACCCUACCCCAUGGGGUCAGAGUUGCAUUGUAAAUUAUGUAUUUCAAUCGAAGUCAAAAUGCUUCCAGGAAAGGACAUCUUUCUUUUUACUUGAACCAUUGGCAUAUUGUAUCUAAUAGGUCAAUGCUUCCAGGAAAGGACUUUGAUUGAAAUACAUAAUUGACAAUGCAACUCUAACCCCAUGAGGUGGGGUACAUUCAGGCUUCUCUCCAUUACCUGAGAAGUGUAGUGCCUUUAGGUUGGGGGUCAGUAUUUUAUGGUAAAUUAUGUAUAUCAAUCAAUAUGCCCCUUGCCAGUCUUGAGUAGUUGUUUGAGCCCAAACAGAUACUCCUAUAUGCUUUGAAAUUGGAGAUUUUUCAUAGCUCCAAUGUCUAAUCCAAGCCUGUAGCUAGGUGUUGAGGAGCUAAAAGAAGUUGCAACGGAGAUAUCUGAACCACUGGGUAUGUUAGCCAGAACUACCUGCCUCUAUCUGUACAUUCUCAUUGCUAUAUUCAGAUAUUUGUAUGUUUAGCUAAUAUUCAGUUUUCCUAGUUCCUUAUCUGCAAAAUAGGUGGCUGGCCAUAUGACAGUUGCUGUUUUUGAAUUUGAUGUCCUUGAUCCAUCAUUGUGGUCAUAAUUACAAUAAAUGAUCGAAGAGCACUUGUUGGGAUACAUCUUCAUUAUAGUGAUGGAAGAAGGGAUCUCAGUGCGCUUGGGAACUUUACUAAUAGAUGUCAUCUAUGUUUUAGUAUACUGCACUUAAUAACUUUAUUCUGUUGGAUUAGAAUGGAAAUGGCUAAAUUUUUGGCAUCUCCUUUUUUGAGAAUGAUAACAUUUUAUAAAUAUAAAACAGCACAAAGUUUGUGCUGCUAAAAGUGACAGAAUACAUCCCCAAAAAAGUAAAAGAAUCCCCCGCUACAAAAACUUACAAGGAUUCUAUGAUAUCAAGUAUGGAGUCACUAUCAUUUAAAGGGCAUUCUUUACACCAAAAAAGAAAAAGUACUAAACAGUUCAUUUUGAUUUUCUGAAUGAAGUUGCUAACAUCCUCAAAACAUCCGGAGUUCCUCUCGUUCUAGACUGACCACCAAAUGCAGGCUGGGAUCUUCUGCCACCAUUUCUUCUGUCUGACCCCACCCGUCACACCAGCCCAGCAUCUCAAGAGGUCGGAUGUAUCUUUUGGCAUGACCCAGUUCAUUCUGACAAUACUUAGAAACAUGUGCCACAGUUGAGAGGUAACAAUGCAAUGAAGAAAAAGGUGGGAGUUGUCUUCUGCUUUCUUUCCACAGAGAUAGCAUCUGGAGGCAGAAGACUUAAAAGAGGCUUAGCCUCCAACAGUUCUCCCCAGUCAUGUCCAAGCCAAGUGUGAGUUUCAGUGCCAGUUGAUCUUGAACUAACUACUUCAUAUUGAGAUCUCUCUCUGCCGACUGCCAUAGGCACCAACUUUAUUUGUCCUGGGAAGUAUAUAAGAUAGGAUGGGAUAAAAAUUAUUCCUAAUGCAGUACUUCUGAACCACUUUUGCCCUCAUCAUAAUAGACCGACAACAGAUUUCGUUGUCCUUGCCUACAAAAUGCUACAGUUUCUUGUAUGGGAAAGUUACUAGUUUUCCAGAAUAGCUUAUGAAACGUUAAAAUUGUAAAGAUAGGCCUCAUUCUGGUGCAGUAGUAUUGUUCGCUGUGUGAAGAGGACUUCUCUUCAUAUAGGUUAACGUAAUGUUAAAGUUCUCCAGUGCAUCAGCUGAGGUACUAACAAAAAGAUCCCCUAUUACUGGAUGCAACAUAAUAGAAAUACAGACUGCAGCUUCAUUCUA